AUGACAAGAGGCUACUGUCCAAGCGCCUAUGGCAUCGUUCAGAUGGUUGCCCGCGCGGUGGGCUGGAUGACGAGCGUCACGACGUUGGUGAUUCUGGCAUUCAUCAUCAACCAAUGGGCAGACAAGGGCGGUGCCAUCGCCGCUGGCCUCGUGGGGUCCGCCAUCGCCAUCCUCAAUGACUCGUGGAUCGUCGUCGCCAAGCUCGAUCGUGCCCUGGGCUUCAACCCACUCUCGCCCGCCCGUGCGCUCCUCCAUGAUCUCUUCGCUCUGGCCAUUUCGCUCGGCGGCAUCGUCAUGAUUAUAUUCUCGCGCUACACAUACCAGGCUGAUGGCUUUGCCGCUCUCGAGAGCGAUUCAUCGCCUCAAAUCACAGGCUCGGCGGGAGAAACCGAUGUCAUCAGCAGAGAGGGCUUUUCGCAGAAUAAAAUGCUGUCCGUUGCGGUGUGGAUGCUCACAGCUGUGGUCAUAUGGAGAUUUAUAUUCAUCGUCUGGGGCGGAUUUGAGUGCUUCUUCGAGUUCCGACACAUCCACCACCCGCGACCCCGGCGACGAGAGCGGCGAGAAAUGAUUCAGGUCUAA